UCCUUCCCCUCCCCGAGGUAGAGAAGGGCCUAGGCAAAUCCCUUGAGGCGUCCCUGCAGCAGGGACCCCUCGGAACCGCAGCGAGAGAGAUGCAGGAGCCGGCCGGGGUGAGCGUGCCCAUGCUCCGGCCUUCCGCGGUCUUCUGAGGGGUGCAGAGCCCGCUCCACCCCGGCGGCGCAAGCCUCUCCGCAGCAGCCCUUCCCUGGCUCAUCUUCCCGGCCCCACUAGGAGCGCGUGAAUGCGGUGAAAAUAAAGAACCUCGAUGUUCGGAGAUGAAAAGCAGUCUCUUUUUUUUUUACAACCCGCUGAGCUCUCUUCCUUUGCGCCUCAGACCGGCUAGAAGCUGCUCGAGGAGAGAAAGACGGGGUGACCCGAGAGGCCGCUUGCCGGCUCGCCCCGGCCGGGGCCGCCAGCGCAGUUACCCGUCCGGGCGCGAGCCGCCGCCGCCUGCUGCUCCUCGGCUGCCGUCGCCUCCGCUCUGCAGCACCGCCCGCGCUGUCGCCCGCUCCCGCCUCCGCCUCCUCCUUGGCCCCCGCAGGACCCGUACGCCACGGCCCGGGGUGGAGGAGAGCGCAGGGAAAUCGCCAAGGAAGCCAGGCAAAUUCCCGAGGGCCGGCUGGGAGCCCAGCGUCCGCGAGGUCGGCACUGCGGGAGUCCGACUCCUACUCUCCUGGCCCAGCCUGGGUGCAACCGUCCCCGCGCUCGCCGCUGCCGCCGCUGCCUCCGCUCGUAUCCGCGCUCGGCUCCGGCACCGGGCGAUUAUCACUGGGGCGCGCGGUGACGUCACCCGGACACCGGCUCCGCCGCCUCCUCCCGGAGGUGUCUGUCCUUGAGAACUGAGGGGCACGCGCACCGCGUACACGCGCACUCACGCACCGCGCGACCCGUGCCUCCCUCGCACACGCUCGGCGUCCCGCUCCGCGCGCUCCUCGACUCACGGACGCAGCCCUCGAACACCUUCGAUUGUGCCCGGCGCCCGGAGGUCACACGUAUGCGGAGAAACCGCUUCUCCUACACUCUCGAACCGCUCAUACUGUCCUGCCGCACCACCCAUGCAAAAGCUACUCCCGCAGCCCACGGACCACAGCUCCUCGACACCCACCAGCCACACCCCGCUGUGCAGCGAACACACUAUGCCUGCCUCACAGCAGCGGCGGGUCCUUCCAGAAUAACCAACCACUCAACACAGUGGCUCCCGCGCCCCUCUCUCCUGAGGGAAAGAAAUGUGUCCCAGCCUCCUGCUGACGGCCUUAUAUGGAGGAGAGAGUUAGACGUCCCCCCCCAACCCCCAUCAGAGACUGCUCCCCUCUUUCACCCUUUCUUAGCUGGGUAGUGAGUCCUUGCCUACAGGGAUGGGAGCACAGUCCACACUUCACAGCUGAUUGCAAACGGAUCUACUCCUUGCAGCCUAUUGAAGGGUGGCUAUUCUGAUCUGGUGGUCCUUUAGGGCUAGGGAUCAACGGCUUUCCCCAAACGCCACUCCAGGCCUCCCAAGCGGCCUUUGUUCCUGGUGCAGACUGGAGAAACUGCGCAGAAGCAGGCAGGCCUCUGGCCCCUUAUUUUUUCCUCCCUGGGCCAACCCAACCAUUGAGCCAUCUGCCCUCCAGCAAAAGCUAGGUGACCCAGGGUAAAGAUUCUGCCGUCCUUCCUUUCCAACCUUCUCCAGCCCUGCGGGAACUCCGAAGACACUCUGCUGGGAAGGAGGUGAUCUCGGAGAUCGCAUGCUACUCCUGGAAGAUCCUCAGAGAGUCGGGACACGUCUCCUCUUCCAAUCCACAAUCCUUCCCUUUUCAGGUGUCAGUCGCUACUGGCGCUGGAGAACCCCCACUUACACAGCCAGCAUAAGCCCACCUUUGCUUAUGCCCAACCCCAAACCAAGGAAACUACCCACGGCCUGCCAGCUCCGGUAGCCCCAGGGACACUGACUAAGGGCUCAAGACUGAAGGAUCUAGACUCCCGAGCAGAGUCUGCUUCUCGUUAAGAGUCAGCCCCGCCUGGCCAGCGGUCCCUCACUCUACAGUGUACUGGGGCAGGUCCCCAGGACGGUCCAAGACUUGGCAGCGCGGUCGAGGACCCCAAAGCUACAGGGUCUGCUGUCCAUGGUGUUGAAAGCAUAGCCUGCAAGAACCUCUUCCCAUCCGCAGAAUAAAAGGCGCUCCCAGGACCGCAGACACUUUACCUUCCCUCAGCCUCACCCUCUGGUUUUUUGUUUUGUUUUGUUUUGUUUUGUUUUGUUUUGUUUCCCAAUGGUCUAAGACAUCUCGGCUUCUAGCCUACCCAGAGCUUGUUCUAUUUGGAGGGCUUGCGGGGGAUGGGAUGGCAUUCCCAAGAGCCUCGGGUUUAGGAGCGCGCUUGCUACGGGGCCGGCUCCGCACCGUGACUCCUCAAAGACCAGUUCCCUUCCCAAGCCAAGGACCUCCCCUUCGGCCUCCCCUUACUAUUUAUGGGAGAUAUUUACACCAGGCCAGAGAGUGGUGCUUGGGGAGUCUGGAGCUGCAUCCCUUCCAGGGCUCAGACCAAGUUUAUUUUUCGCAUCUCUGCCGAAACAUGCCUGAGCUUUUUCUCCUGAUACUUCUAUGCGUUCAAUCCCGAGCACCAGUUAGGAUCCCUGGCUCUCUUUUUCCAAUUCCCUGCGUCCUGCCUCCUGGCCUGGUGGGCUGGGGGAAGGGCUGUCCUAGGCGUGGGGGUGGAGCUGCCUGUGCUUUGAGAGAAGGAAAGCCCACCCCAAGCAUUCCGCUGCCUGUUCUUCUUAGUCCUCCCCGUAGGGACCUUUUUGGUGACCCUGGAACCUUCAGAGGUUCCGUAAAAGUCAACUUACUGAUGCUGGGCCUUGGCUCAGGUUUGUUCUCCCUUGCACUCCGUAUGGCCCAUUUCACCUCUCCACGAUCCUUCUUUCCGGCGCAGCUGCCUCUCCCCAGCACACUGCAAUUUUGUGUUUGUGGAUUUAUUUAUUUGCUAGCUCCUAGCCUUAGAGAGCACCGUGGACAGAGCUCAAAUGAAAACUCUGGAGGUGAAACUCAGCUUGGUCCAGGGUCCCUCAGAAGCUCCACCAAGGCCUUCAAUGUUGCUUGGACUUGGAAUGGCCAGGUAACAGCAGGCUGGGAUGGGAGUGGGGAAGGAAGGAGGAUUAAAAACAGGGCUGUCCAGGGAGGGACAAAGAAUGAGGGAUCCAGGCUGAUCUUCUGGCCUGUGGUGGCGGGAACGGGCCUUUUGUUCCUCAGGGUCCAGCCUUUUGGCCUAGUGGAAUAUCCUUGGCUAUGUUCUAAUACCCCCGUGAAUCCUGUGUUUCCAGGUUCUCUGAGCCCCCAGGCCCCACCAGAGGGAGCCCCUGCAUGA